ACGUCUAUAUGGUAGUACUCACGAAACAGAGGAGCAUGAAGGUGAGGAGAUCGGACCCUGUACUAGUGCACGCCACUGGUGAUGAUGCGGCCACCCAAGAAUACUACUUCCUCUCCAACCUGGAUCAGAACGUCGCCGGGCUCAUGAAGACAGUCCACGUCUUCAGCGUGCCACGUGAGACGCGCAUCGUCGACGACGUGGCAGCGCUGCUCAGGGACUCCCUGAGCAGGGUGCUGUCUCACUACUACCCCUUGGAGGGCCGGCUAGCCGUACGCGAGGACGGGAGACUCGCCGUCCGUCGGAACGACGACCGCCGCCGCGGUGUCCCAUUCGUUGAGGCGGUGUCCGAUUACGAGCUCCACCAGGUGGUCGGCGAUCUCGCGGCGGCGGCCCCGGGUGCUGAAUUCCUUGGUGGUGACCUCGUCUACGUCGAUAACGACAUGCAGAACGAGAACGCCCUGGAGGCGCCAUUGCUGACCGUGCAGGUGACCACGUUCAAGUGCGGCGGUGGCUUCGUCCUCGGCCUCGCCAUGAACCACUGCUUGGCAGACGGCCAGUCCGCCGCCGAGUUCAUCUGCUCCUGGGCGGAGACCGCGCGUGGUGUCGCCCUGUCAACGCCGCCGUACCUCGACCGCACGGUGCAGCGCGCCCGGCCGAUCCCGACGAUCGACUUCCGGCAUGACGAGUUCACAGAGAUCGAGGACGUCUCUGGCCUCGCCGGAAUAUUCGACGACGAGCCGUUCGUGUACCGCUCCUUCACCUUCGACGCCGCCAAGCUCGGCAGGCUGAAGCAAGCCGCGAGCGACGAAACCAAGAGCUCCAUCUUCGUCGCGCUCACGGCGUUCGUCUGGGUAACAAGGACGCGAGCCCUGCGGAUGCUCCCGGAGCAGAAGAGCAAGCUGCUGUUCGCCGUGGACGGCCGCCUGCGCGUCGAUCCGCCAUUGCCGCCGGGGUUCUGGGGCAACGCCAUCACCUUUGCCUGCUGCAUCUCCACGGCCAGUGAUCUCCUCAGCAAACCACUGUCCGUGGCUGCCCGUUCCAUCAGAGAUGCCAUCGUGCGCACCGACGAUGCGUUCAUCCGUUCCGCCGUUGACUACAUCGAGUUGAACAGCGGUGCUCGCCCGUCGCUAACAGCGACGACACUGGUCACUGCUUGGAAUCGCCUCGGGUUUCGCGCGGCCAACUUUGGAUGGGGUGAAGCAAUCUACUCUGGGCCGGCGGAGCUGCCGCAGAAGGAGGUGGCAAUGUUUCUGCGCGGCAUGCGUGACAGCCAGAGCAUAGUGCUGGUUAUUGGGAUGCCUGUGUCAUGUAUGCAGGCAUUCCAAGAAACGGUAGAUCUGGUGUGAAAUGUGUCUUCAUAAAUCGUAAGGGAAAAUUGGUGAUUCUUUGACGCAUUGCACGCAUUAUUAGUGGGCUCACAUUUUAUAAAAUAAUAUAAUUUACCUUCACUCUUAUCAGGAUUAUACCUCCAAGACCUUGGGUCGAAAAUAUAUAUUAUUAUAUUAUUACAUUAUAUGGAUGUAUUUUUCCUACUUCAGGAGAGUAGUUACUUUCAUCUUCACUAAACC